ACGCUCCUGGUACUAGCUCCCUAAUUCGUGUGUUAUCGAUAUCGAAGAGCACAGCUGCUUGCAUUUCUGCGACAUUUCAAACUUUAUACUUUUGGAUCGUAAUUUUUCCUGUUUUGUGAUGCCUGGUGAGGCAAAUAACACGCCCCAAUCCGGCCGGAGACCCCGACUCGGAUUGAGUAGGCGUGGCUGCCAGUCCACGCCUUUGAUACGCCUCCAGAGAGAGGAUUCCGCCGCAAAUACACCAAAAUUCGGAGAACAGGAGACUCCGCGGGCUCAGCCUUUAUCACUGAGCUCUCGCAGGAUAGGAUUGUCCAGGAACAGGACGGGAUUGUCCAAGAAGAAGCUGGAGUUCGCUGCGGCCCAGGGAAUCAAGGACGAGCAACAGGUAGUGACGAAACCAGCAAGAAAGGAUGAUAGGGAGAGAAGAUGGGAUGCUCAAGAGACUUCCAAUGAGCCAGAGGAGAAACAGGAGCAGGACAACCGUAAGAAGCAGGCGGAAAACAGUCCAAAGAGCAGUAAAAUCAUUGAGCUGCAGGGCGACAUAGAAAUCUGGCACCAGGCAUUCAAAGCUUCUGUGGACGACCUGCUGACGAUGGCGGAGCCAGGACUCUCAAAGAACGAACUCCUUAUCCGGCUGGGCAUUCCCCAUGAGAUGCUGCGCUAUCUGGAGGAGGAGUGUUCGUAGUUAAACAUAGUUUUACGAUUUAACAUUAAGAAACUCUAUAUUCCCAUUGCAAUAAAAAGGAAACUAAAAGUUA